CUCGGUGGGGGCUCGGUGCCGCCGCGGUGCACGCCGGGAGCUCGGUGGGGGCUCGGUGCCGCCGCGGUGCACGCCGGGAGCUCGGCGCCGCCGCAGCCACUUCCGGCAGCGUGGGGCCGCCCGCGGGACUGCGGCAUGGAGAGCAGCUUCGGCUCCGACUUCGGCUCCGAGUUCGGCUCCGGGGGCGGCGGGGGCGGCAAGCUGGACCCGGGGCUCAUCAUGGAGCAGGUGAAGGUGCAGAUCGCCGUGGCCAACGCGCAGGAGCUGCUGCAGCGCAUGACGGACAAGUGCUUUCGGAAGUGCAUCGGGAAGCCCGGCGGGGCCCUGGACAACUCGGAGCAGAAGUGCAUCGCCAUGUGCAUGGACCGGUACAUGGACUCCUGGAACGCCGUGUCGCGGGCGUACAACGCUCGGCUGCAGCGGGAGAGAGCCAACAUGUGAGGCGCUCGGCGGCCGCGCCGGGCAGGGACCAUGCGGGCGGGGGCCGGGGCUGAGCUGCUGCUGCCUCCCGGCCCCUGCCGCGGCAGAGCAAUAAACCUCGCGGAGCCUGCUGCA